AUGCCAUGGACUUCAGAUUUAGUGAGCACGCUCGUUCGGUCUUGGAUAAUCAUUGGUGAUGAUAUUGUUGUCACCGAUCUCCCAUAUUUGAUGUAUGGAUCACUUUGGGUCCGCUUCAAAAAUAUGUUUCACUAUAAGUUAUCUCGUAGAGAGUAUCGAAUAGAAGAAGAAGUCAAGAGUAAGUUUAAAGACAUAAGAUCAAAGAUCAUAGAAGAAACCCCGUCCGGAAAAGAUUUGAAAACAACCUCACAUUGUGAUCGUUUUGGCGUGAGAAAUUAUUUGGGUGUUACCCAGGGCCUUGAAACCUUGGAUGAUCUUCUUCUCAAUCCUCGUUGA